CAUGCAAUUUGCUAUAGUAUCUGCAAUAAAUAGUGCUGGAGAGCCAAUUGAAUUGUUUUCUUCAAGGACAUUUCGGAAAACUUUGGAAGAGUUUGCUAUGACUACAUCAUAAGUCGUUUUUUUUUUUUGUAAGGCAUUUACAACGUGAGCGGGCAGUAGUAUGGCGAACACUAAUUCAACCAAUAAAAUGCAGAAAGCCACCAUUACUAGUGGAGUCACAGCUCAGAGGAUUUCCAAAACCAUCACGUUUUACAAGAAUGAAUCUGAAACAGCUUCCAUGCUCCAACAGAAUGGCCCCAAGCCUCUGCUGCUGCUUCUUCCCUGGCUGGGCUCUCGACCACACGCUGUGGACAAGUAUCGUGAGAUCUACUUCAGGCAGGGGUUUGACGUUCUGACCGUGGAGAGCAAGACCAGUCACUUCCUGUGGCCCAGGUGGGGGUUGGACUAUGGGGCCCAGGUACUGGAGUUGCUGCAGAGUGACAGCUUUGUGUCCCGCCCACUCCUGCUUCAUGCCUUCUCCAUUGGAGGAUAUAUCUUCUCCCAGAUGAUGGUGCACAUCUCCAAGAAUGCUCAGCAAUACAAGAGCAUGACUGACAGGAUCAAGGGUCAGAUCUAUGACAGCCUCGUCAUAGGCUCUGUGGAGAGAAUGGCAACAGGAGUUGGAAAGAUGGUGCUUCCGAAAGUGGAAGGGUUAGUGAGCAAGGGCACUCUGCUCUACUUCAGUGUCCUGAAGGGCUAUACGGUGGAUUACUACAAUGUCGCCAUUGGUAUGUUUUGGAAUAACCCACUACAGACUCCAGCCUUGUUCUUCUACUGUGAGAAUGACCCACUCAGUGAUCACAAGGAGGUAGAGAGAUUGCUGCAAAGUUGGCACCUGCAGGGGAUUAACGUGAUGGGAAAAGGCUGGAAAGAUUCCCUGCAUGCAGGGCACCUCAGAAUGCACCCCCAGGAGUACCUGACGACACUGCACAGGUUCCUGCAGUCCCUCAACAUGACACCACUGAAAGCUAAGAUGUGAAAAUGAAUGUUACAAGCAAUAUCAAAUAUAUUGGAUUGUAAAUAGUGUGUGACACAAAUAAACAAGACACCUUCAUAAUAAUUUAGAAUGUUCAGGGUGAAGUUUCUGAACCCCCUUCCUAUAAACCUUGGUCACAUGUGCUCACCUAAACAAUGUCACCAAAUAUGAAACAUAGCAAUGUGACCAAAUACAAAACAUAGCAAUAUGACCAAAUACGGUUAUACCGGUAAUAGAGUCUAGGCAUAUUACAUAAUGAUUGUAGAACUUUCUAAUGUAGAAUAAUGUUCCAAUACUUGUAAAUAAAAAAUGAAAUCUGUUUCUCUACAGUGAUUAUAUUUUAAAAUACAUACACGCUGCAUUGGUAACCAGAGCAACAUAAUAGUGCUCUUCCAGUAAUGAACUUAUCAACUGCUUUGUAAAUCAGAUCAAUUAUACCAGUCUAUUAGUUAACUAUCAGUUAACUAGUGCAUUUGAAAUGAAAAAUAUUACUUGUUAAAUUUAGGCUGGAAUAUCCAUAUCCGUGUGAUAUCCAUGCUGCUGGAUUUUGCAGAUGUAAAUUAAUCUACCUCAUUUCGUAUGGCUACUUAAUUAAA